GCCUAUCAAUCUCUGAAUCCAGUAACUCUCUUCCCUUUGAAUGCGAGGUCGUUGGGUUACAUGAGAAGAUUGCGCAGCAAUAGAUUGGAUUAUGUAUAUAUAUUGACUGAUCGAAUCGACCAGUUAGUUUAGUCGUGGAAGAUGUUUCGUCCAUCAAGCUGAUUGGGCAUUUACUGUAUGAUUGAUUAGUUGAUUGCUGUUUUAUUGAUGGAUUAAGUUGCAGUUUGACAUCAAGCUAAUGAUGAUGCAUGCAUCGAGGUCCUAAAUGAGAGUUACUGCAGUAAUUAGCUGUGCAUAAGUUGUUUACGUCAUCAAGCCGAUGGUGUAUUGAUUUGUGCUGAUUGAUUAGUUUGUUUGUUCUUUGUUGAUGGAUUAACUUGUUUGUCGUUUUGUUGAUUGAUUAGUUCUCGGUUAGCUCACAGCCUUGACGAAUCAAUCCGACGGGAGUUUUUUAAUCGAUAUUUGUGGAGUUGAUUUAUCCUUCUGGAAAAGAUAGAUUUGGUGUAUAACUUACUGAGUAUAUGUGUGGAGUUGAUUAUCCUUCUGGAAAAGAUAGAUUUGGUGUAUAACUUACUGAGUAUAUUUGUGGAGUUGAUUAUCCUUCUCGCAAAGAUAGAUUUGGUGUAUAAAACUUACUGAGUAUUUCCGGCAGCUGGUUGGUGGGAACGAGAAGUAUGGCGGCGUUUCUUAGGAGGACGACAUCCGUGAUGUGGCGUUGGAGUCACAUCGCUGAUCUUGGUUAUAAUAAGACCACCUAAUUGUAAACCACGUAAGAACGAUUUCGGCUGUCGCGUAAGGAAUUACUGAUUGCUUACGCAAGUACUUUUAACUUGUGCGGGGCAAAGCGAAGCGUGGUGAUUGUUGGCGGAGUGGGGACUGAUAGACGAUUGUUGUAGUAAAGGGGUAGAGCUAUCGAUUGAUUGAGCGUGUUUUGUUUGGGAACUAGUAUAGACGAGGAGGUUCGAGAGAAAGAUUGCGGCAAGAGGAGAGAGAAAGGGUGGGUGAAAAGGACGGCAGUGGUGGUGAAGGGGGGGGAGCUACUCUGGAGGCAGAGGGCGCCAAAACGAAAACUACGGGUCUCGGCGCGCCGUCGACGACGAUCGCGAUCAGGCCGCCAAAGGACGACAGUUCGCGAUGGCGGGAAAGGACGAUGAACAAGCGAAUCACAAGAAAGAGCAUAAGGAAGAAGAUAAGGCCAUGCAUAAGAAGGGAGUGAUAGUGGUCAGGGGAGGAGGAAAUCAACAAGAAGAAGAAGAAGAAGAAGAAGCAGGUGAUGAAGAAGCAUCAGCAGCCAAAGAAGACGGAGAAGAAGAAGAAGAAGCAGAAGAAGCAGAAGAAGGAGAUGGAGCUAAACAACCCAGGAGUGCUCGCGCGCGAUGGCUGAUGGGUAUGGCUAUCGUAUUCGUCGUCUCUUCCAUCUGGGUUAUAUCGAGUUUCCUUGUGCAGUACAUAGAGGGCAGAGGCAUAAAGGCACUUAUGCUAACGUACGUCUGUAACUCAUUUUUCGUGAUCUUGAUACCGGUGGUGGAGGGAGGUCGCCUGCUGUCCACGAGGGGAUACGACAAGCGCUGGCUGAAGCGGACACGCGCGCGCCUGGUUCAGGUCAUGAGGACAAAGCGCGCCAACGAUGGGGACCUGAGAGGGCGCCUUUUCUUGUAUUCGACUCUAAAGCAGGUGGAGAAGGAGGCGGCGAUGGAAGCCGCGGCGUCGAGCCUGUCUUCUUCGCGCUCAUGCCACGUGGCAUUCUCUGCAUCGUCGCCGUCGAUUACGCGUCGUCCCGACCCCGUGGAGCGAAUCUUGCCGCUGAACUCUGGCCGCAAAGCUGAAGCGGGAGGAACAAGCAAGACGGGUGCCGACCGGGGGGGAGAUUCCGCUGCUGACUCACCGAUCCCCCCGGUCCCGCCCUCCUUCCCGCCUUCCUCUUCGCCCUUCGUCUCCGCUCCCCCUCUACAUAUCGGUGCGUCGGCGGAAGCGGGAGGAGUAGUAGUGGGUGGAGAAGUUGACGAUGGUUGUGGUGAAGGGGGUAGCUAUGGAAAGGAUAGAGGGGCGACGGACGUCGCGCGGCAGAUCCCCGACUAUGGUGGUGGUGGUGCCCGACGGGACGAGAUGGGUAAUGAUGAUUGCACUAAUUACGGCCGCGGAGAUGGCACGUCAGCAUGGGGUGCGGAGGUUCCUCUCCCUCUCGAGGAGAUCAUCCCACUUAGCCGCAUGGAAACUGCAAUGCGGGGAUUGGUGAUUUGCCCGUUUUGGUUCCUCUCUCAGCUAACCUUCAACCUGUCUUUGAACUACACGACUGUGACGGUAGUGAGGGAGGAAAUGCACGUGAACACCGCGACACAUAGCCUUGCCCGCUUCUAUCCCGACUGGAUUUACUCAUCCUCAACAGGUCUAUCUCCCUCUCUCCAGGAACAAUACGGGAGCGUAUUGCUGGACCGCGAAUGGGAGAGACGGGAGGAGGAGGUAGAUGGGCAUAGUAGGAGGAGAGUAGUCGAGGAAAGGGGGGCGGAAACUGUAGGCAAGGAGGCCACUUUAACAAAAAAUGGCCAAGAGGAGGAGGGCCACGGUAGAAGAGUCGAGUAUGGUAGAAGAAGAAGUGGUAAUCUGUCAACAACAAACAGCAAGGAGUAUGGGAGGGAGAAGGAGGGGGAGGGCGGAGCACGCAUUGCGCUUAAGAACAAAAUUGACAGUGUCGCUGAUUUCACCACGUUAACGAGAGAAUGGCUGACGUCGCCUGUCCUCCGACAGAACGAGAGCCACCGUCAUUCAUCUUUCUACAACUCGAGCUCGUCUUCGUCUUCUUCUUCUUCUUCUUCUCGUUCUUUUCUUCCGCCUCCUCCUCCUCCGUUGCUGCCAUCGACACCCUUGCUUUUGGGAGAGGGAGGGGAGACACUACAUGACGAAGGACAAUCGGGAUCCGGGCCGCCUGAUGAGGUGGGAAGACGCAGCGUGAACCGUGGGAUGGGCGUGAGACCGCAAUCAAUGGUUGGCGCAGCUGUUGUCGAAGAUGUGGGCAGCAGGCUUCCCUCUCACAACAGGAGCUGGAUCUCUGGCUAUGGUGGACAGGAAGGACAGAGUAGAGGACCCAUUUGGGAUUUUUUCUUUCGUGGAGACGGAAGGAGGGAAGGAGAGGAGGAGGGGGUUGUUUCCUCACGCUUGGAGGACGCGGCGCCAGGUAGCAAGGGAGGAGACAAGAAGCACCACUUGAGAGAGGAUGACGCGGAGAAGGCGCUGGACUUGAGGAGGGAGACGACCGAGGAGGAAGCGCCAGAGGUAGAAGGGCCGAUGAAGAGAAAGAAGAAGAAGAAGAAGAGAGACCGUGGUGGGGACGGGGAGGAGGAGGGAAUAGCCAGAGGUCGGACGACGAUGCCUGAUCGCAGGCUGUCUAGAGCAGCCAACACACGGGCACACAAGGGCUAUCAUCGUCGAGAUGGGAGGGCAGAAGAAGGAGAAAAAGAUCAUCAUGUCGUUGGCCAACGGAUCGAAUCCGCCAUUAUGGCGUCGAACGGAUUGACAGUCUUUGAUAAUAGGCUCACGAGAGCAGAACAAUCACAAUCAUCAUCAUCAUCAUCUCGGUCGAGCUUGGCCGUCUUUCAAGUCCGAGAUCUGCAGUUAAGCCCCCUUCUCAGAGCGGACACUGAACUCUUUGCUCGGUUGCAGGAGUGGCAACCAUCGCGAGUUUUCGUACUUAGUUUUUCCUCCGCUUCCGCUUCCUCCUCUUCUUCUUCUCCUCCAUUCGUCCCCUCCUCCUCCUCCUCUCGCUCCUCGAUGUUGUUAAGCUCCUUGAGAGGAAGGGUAUCAAUGGAAGGCGGAAUGCUGGAUGAUGUCUUCGCAUCUUCGCGCCUGCGAUACACGCUGGCUAUUCCGUCUUCACUUGCGGAAGGGAGAAGGAGGUGGUGGUGUAGAAGAGGAUGGGGGAGUAGGAUCCUACGGGAUCACCACGCGCAGGAGCUGGAAGGUCGCUGGAUGAUGAGAACACUAGCUCACGCUGACCUGUGGCGGGAAAUCGUUAGGAGGCAACUGCCUUUCGCCAUGGUGUUUGAGGAGGACGUGGUGUUUAGGAACGAGACGUUCAAGGACGCCUUGGAGAAAGCACUUGCCCAACUGAUUUUCCUCGAAAUGCAGGAAGCCGUUGUGAAGCGGCCAUCCUUUGAUAUCUGUUUGAUAGCAAGGCGAGCCCUUGCAGACUUCGGUGAGCCUAAGCUGACGGAGGACGUUGUGGAAGCUCGCGCUUCCAUCGGAGCCGGAGCCUAUAUCAUCUCCGCGGAAGGGGCAAGAAGGUUGUUACGACACGUAUCGAUCUAUGGGCCCAUUGACGAGGUGAUGUGGAAGGUUCCGGGGAUUAGAUGGAGAGCAAUGAAUAACGUCGAUUACGGGUGGGACGCCGUCACAAGAGCCGUGAUCAUCAACGAAUGGGAGCAAGUGUCGAGGAGGGUCACGAGAUCGAAUGCGAUCGGCGAGCUUCGCAGUGCGGCACGUGUCCUUGUCUUGGGAGGGAAGGAGGGGAGGAGGGGGAUGAAGAAGAAGGAGGAGCAGGAGUCGUGCGCAGGUGAGGUCGUAUCAGCUCGCACCCUCGCGAGGCGACCAACGCCAGAGAGAACGAACGUGUUGACGUCAACGAGAAGUCGAAUGAACGCCGAUGCAGCAACGGACGAAUUACAAGGAAGACACCAAGGAGGACGAGGAGGAGGAGGAGAAGGGCUAGAGAUGGAAGGAGGAGGAGGAGGAGGGGAACGGGAAUGGGGAGAGGGGGAAACGGCCGCCGCCAUGGCUGGUGGGAUUUCAAGUCGUAAUCAUGUCAAGAGGAAGAGGGCACGGUUGGUUGAAGAUGAUGAUGAUGAUGAUGGGGAACACCGAGGAGCGGUGGUGGUGGCUCUUUUUCCUACGAGGACAAACGAAUGGCCGGUGAUUGUUGUCAAUUUGGAGCGGUUGAAGGAACGAAUGACGAGAAUGGAGAUGCAGUUACGACGGCAAGGCUUCUCGCGUGCAGUUCGAGCGAUCGGCGUCUCGGCAACCGAUGAGGAGUUGCGGGUGUUCGGCAGCCAGGUGAGGAAGGAUCACGUAUCGAAGACGAGGGAUAGAUGGCAUUUACCCAAGAGGUUUUUGUCGAGAGGGGAGGUGGGUUGCGCUCUGUCGCACUACUUGGUGUGGCUGGAAGUUGUCUCGAACUCCUUACCUUUCGCCAUCAUCUUGGAAGAUGACGUGAUCUUCGCUUCCUCCUUCUCCCAUCGAUUCCCAACCGUGUUGGCGGAGCUGAACACCCUCCUCCUACGAGCUGGAGAUCCAAACGGCAACGGCAGACGACCAGCUUUCGACGUGUGCUUGCUUGGCCGCAAAUCUGUCGUAGAGAUGAAGUACGAAAAGCGGCAGCAAGCAAACACGAUCUUGAGUACAACGUCAAGUCUCUUCACUUUCCUGCUGUCGGUGAUUUUCCUCCGGGAGACUUUCACCUGUUACAAAUUACUCUGUGUCUUUCUCUGCAUGGUAGGGACAGUAGUAGUGAGUUUGACAGAUACUGAUUCCGCGGGAUCAGGGUCGGGACUGCAAGCGCAUGCACCUACCGGCGAACACUUGAUUGGUCGGUUCCAUGUCAGCCAACAUCUGAUUGGGGAUGCUCUCACUGUUUUUUCGGGUUUGAUUUACUCCAUCUAUGCUAGCCUUCUUAAGCAGUCGCUUCCCGAUGAGAGCCGUCCUCCUCCACAGGUUCAGUCUUAUCCUUCGUCUUCUGCAACCCUUGGCUAUGGUACUGGGAAAGAGAGAGAGAACGACAUUGAGAGGAAUGAAGGUACCAUGCUGAUUAAUGGAAAGAAGAGGUCUGUGAAGGUUGCGGAGGUAUUCGGUUACAUUGGUCUCUUCAACGUACUGCUGUUCUGCCCUGUCGUUCUGACUGCUCAUCUGCUCUUCGAACCGAUGUCAAUCACUUGGAGCCAGUUCUUACUCAUGUUUGCUAAAGCUGUCAUGGACCAGAAGUCCGGGGAAACGGACGAGGCCUAUCAGGCCCGGAUGCUGCUUCUUAUUACCGAAGCUAAGCAACGGUCGGAUGCAGUAGCAGCCGCAGCAAAGCAGAAGGCAAAGGACGUCGAGAAGGCACAUCUGUUGGCAAUUGAACAGCAGCGCGAGCACGACAAGGCAGCAGCAAAGGCUGCCGAUGAAGAACGAGUCCAACGUCACGAGAAGAUAUUCAGCGGAGAGCAAGCUUUGCUCACAAUGGCAGUGGAUUGGCGGGCUGAGGCCGAGAAUGGCAAGAUGGAAGACAGUGAAAACAAGAUCACUCUACUCCUCUCCCAUCUCACGGACCUCAUGGCCACAUGCAUUACACAGCAGGAGGACAUCCACAGCCUCGACGACGCGUUGACUCAAGUCCACAGCCGCCUCCGGCAGCUGGAGCAGCGACCUGUCGCCGCCCCUGAUGCCAACUCUUCCAACACCUCCGGUCGCCUCGAACGACGUGCAGUUACAGCAAACCAUGACGCAACAGUUGGAGCAGCAGAUCUGUACUGCCGCCAACCACUCGAGCUCGGAACCGCGCGAGACAGCUGCAAAGUUCGAUGGUCAGGAGAUCUUCUGCAACUCGACAAAAACAAGUCCGAUUUCAUGGUUCCGCAAGUUGGAGCUCACGUUACAGCUACACAACGUCAAAGAACACAAGCACCACGGGUACUUAUACUCCCGCUCGGGGGACGCGUGCCAAGCAUGGUUGGACAAUCUCUUGUCCAAUUGGGAGUGGUAGCUGCCGACUUGCAUACCAAGAUCCGCUGGGAUGAUCUAAAGGCGGCGUGGCAUAAGCGGUUCCAAGUAGAGUCGCCGGUGAUCAAGGCAAUGGACAAGCUGAUGGUCUUCGAACAAGGCACGCUGCCGAGUGUUGAUUGGAUUGUCGGGUACCAACGCUUGGCAUCCGUCCCAGACAUUCAAAUGGGCUUCAAAGCCAUCAAACACUACUUCAUCUCGAGGUCGUGUUUGGCGUUAGGGAAUGCCUUGACUCACGUCGAGGACACCCUGACGACACCGGCAAAACUCUUCGACAAGGCCCCGCAGAUUAUUGUCACGAACAAGGAGGCCAAGAAUCUCCCUCGAGAUGGCUAUGGCGGGAUCUUUGUCACGUUGUUUGGCGAAGGAGGAGCGGGAGGAGGGGUGGGAAAAGGAGUGGGAAAAGGGGUGGGAGGAGGUGCGGGAAAAGGGAAGGGGUGGAGGAGGCACGAGAGGAGUGGGAGAAGGUUUGGGAGGAGGAGCGGCAGGGGAAAAGAGGAGGGGGUUAGGAGUGGCAGAAGGAGCACGAGGGGAAAUCGGGAGCGGUGGAGGAGGCGCGGGAGGAGUGGGAGGAGGAGCGAGAGGAUUGUGAGAAGGAGCGGGAGGAGGAGCGGGAGGGGAAACGGGGAGGGGGUUAACGAACGUGCGGGAGGCGGAGGAGCGGGAGGAGCGGGCGGAGGUAGAGGUGGAGGAGGAGAAGCGGGAGGAGCGGGUGGAGGAACGGGAGAAGGAGUGGGAGGAGGAACGGGGAAAGAGCAAGAGAAGCAGCGGGAGGAGCAUGGGGCUAUGGCGGGAUCGUUUUCACGUUGUUUGGCGGAGGAGGAGCGGGAGGAGGAGGAGGAGGAGUGGGAGAAGGAGCGGGAGCGGGGCUAUGGCGCCGGAGGAGCGGGAGGAGCGGGAGGAGGAACGACGGGAAGAGCAGGAGAAGCAGCGAGAGGAGCAGGAGGAGCGGGAGGAGCAGUAGGAGGGGGAGAGGGAGGAGGAGUGGGAGCAAGGCUAUGGCGGGAUCUUUGUCACGUUGUUUGGAGGUGGAGGAGUGGGAGGGGCGGGAGGAGGAGCGGGAGGAGGAGUGGGAGAAGGAGCGGGAGAAGGAACGGGAGAGGAAAUUGGAAGGGGCGGAGGAGGCGCGGGAGGACUGGAAAGAGGAGCGGGAGGAGGAGCGGCAGGGGAAACGGGGAGGGGGUUAGGAGCGGGAGGAGCACGGGGGGAAACGGAAAGGGGUGGAGGAGGCCCUGGAGGAGGAGCGGGAGGAGCGGAAGGAGCGGGAACGGGGCUAUGGCGCGAGAGGAGGAGCGGGAGAAGGAGUGGGAGGAGGAACGGCGGGAAGAGCAGGAGAAGCAGCGGGAGAAGGAGCAGGAGGACUGGGAGCAGCAGGAGGGGGAGCGGGAGAAGGAGAGGGAGGAGGAGAGGGAGGAGGAGCGGGAGGAGGAGUGGGAGCGGGGCUAUGGCGGAAUCUUUGUCACGUUGUUUGGAAGAGGAGGAGCGGGAGGAGUGGGAGGAGCGGGAGAAGGAGCGGGAGGAGGAGUGGGAGAAGGAGCGGGAGGAGUGGGAGGGGAAACGGUAAGGGGCGGAGGAGGCGCAGGACUGGAAGGAGGAGCGGGAGGAGAAGCAGCAGGGGAAACGGGGAGGGGGUUAGGAGCGGGAGGACCGCGAGGGGAAACGGGAAGGGGCGGAGGAAGCCCCGGAGGAGCGGAAGGGUUGAAAGGGGUGGGGGAGGGAGAGGUGGACAUUGAUUGAUUGAUUGAUUGAUUGAUCGAUCAAAAAAAAAAAAAAAAGAUCGCCCCGAUCUCCUUUUUUUUUUCAAUCAAUCAAUCAAUCAAUC